GGACAAAAACCACAGUGUUAUGGCAGUAAGGGAGAGAAGGAAAGAGAGAGCAGUGUGUAGAUAUAUACAGUAAAGGUUAAUUGGGCAGGUGAGCAGGUGAGGAACACGAGAAGGAGGCGGCUGGCUGCGGGGAAAAUUUGAUCCACAGACAGGUUGUAAACUCAAGCAUCCGUCGGCUCAUCCGCCCCGGUGUAUAUAAGACUGAGGCAGCUGUCACCGGGCACCACAAAGCCUUAUCUGCUGCUGCUUUGGACCCGGACGGAGAGGAAACCGAGCCAACAGCGGACCAACAUGUCGCUCACCUCCAUCCUUUCAGCUGAGGCCAUUGAAAAUGCUGUCAAGGACUGUCAAGCUCCGGACUCAUUCUGCUACAAAAAGUUCUUCCAGCUGUGUGGCCUGUCCUCAAAGACGCCCAAGGAAGUCAAAGAUGUCUUCCAGAUCCUCGAUGAGGAUAACAGCGGCUUCAUCGAGGAGUCUGAGCUCAAGUACUUCCUGCAGCGGUUUGUCCCCGGGGCGCGGACACUGACUGAGGCAGAAACCAAGAGCUUCAUCUCAGCAGCUGAUGAUGACAGCGAUGGCAGAAUUGGAGCAGAGGAAUUCCAGACUAUGGUCCUGUCCUGAGUUUUACACAUGAAAAGAUGAAAAAAGGUCUUCAGGUCCUCUCCUGACCUCUGGAGUCUCCUGAUCCCAGCUUCCAUUCCCAGGGAUUUCUUUUGUUUUCUACUAAAUUCUGUGUGCGCUAAUUGUUUUUAAAUGACCUUUUGUCCAUUUAAAGACGGCAGCCCUUUAAUUUGUCUUUCUACUGUGUUGGUACGUGUUUUCUUUUCUGUGCACACCUCACCUCUUUACAAUCAAUGAGAUGAAUAAACAUGUGGAAACAUA